GCGCGAGCGGCGGGCUCUCGGGUCUUUUUUAGCGCCAUCUGCUCGCAGCGCCGCCUCCCGCUCCUCCCGCCGCCGCCCGGAGUCACGGACUGCGCAGCUCCGGCCGCCGGGCGCCCCGUGCUCGCCUUCGAUAUUUGGAGUUCUUAACAACAUGGCAGACAUUGAAAACAAAGAACAGUCUGAACUUGAUCAAGAUUUGGAUGAUGUUGAAGAAGUAGAAGAAGAAGAAACUGGUGAAGAAACAAAAAUCAAAGCGCGUCAGCUGACUGUUCAGAUGAUGCAAAAUCCUCAGAUUCUUGCAGCCCUCCAAGAAAGACUUGAUGGUCUGGUAGAAACACCAACAGGAUACAUUGAAAGCUUGCCUAAGGUAGUUAAAAGACGAGUGAAUGCUCUCAAAAACCUUCAAGUUAAAUGUGCACAGAUAGAAGCCAAGUUCUAUGAGGAAGUUCAUGAUCUUGAAAGAAAGUAUGCUGUUCUCUAUCAACCUUUAUUUGAUAAGCGAUUUGAAAUCAUUAAUGCAAUUUAUGAACCUACGGAAGAAGAAUGUGAAUGGAAACCAGAUGAGGAAGAUGACAUUUCGGAGGAGAUGAAAGAAAAGGUCAAAAUUGAAGAUGAGAAAAAGGAUGAAGAAAAACAAGACCCCAAAGGAAUUCCUGAAUUUUGGUUGACUGUUUUUAAGAACGUUGACUUGCUCAGUGAUAUGGUUCAGGAACAUGAUGAACCUAUUCUGAAACACUUGAAAGAUAUUAAAGUGAAGUUCUCAGAUGCUGGCCAGCCUAUGAGUUUUGUUUUAGAAUUUCACUUUGAACCCAAUGAAUAUUUCACAAAUGAAGUGUUGACAAAGACAUACAGAAUGAGGUCAGAACCAGAUGAUUCUGAUCCCUUUUCUUUUGAUGGACCAGAAAUUAUGGGUUGUACAGGGUGCCAGAUAGAUUGGAAAAAAGGGAAGAAUGUCACUUUGAAAACCAUUAAAAAGAAACAGAAACACAAGGGACGUGGGACAGUUCGUACUGUGACCAAAACAGUUUCUAAUGACUCGUUCUUUAAUUUUUUUGCCCCUCCUGAAGUUCCUGAGAGUGGAGAUCUGGAUGAUGACUCUGAAGCUAUUCUUGCUGCAGACUUUGAAAUUGGUCACUUUUUACGUGAGCGUAUAAUUCCAAGAUCAGUGUUGUACUUUACUGGAGAAGCUAUUGAAGAUGAUGAUGAUGAUUAUGAUGAAGAAGGUGAAGAAGCGGAUGAGGAAGGGGAAGAAGAAGACGAGGAAAAUGAUCCAGACUAUGACUCAAAGAAGGAUCAAAACCCAGCAGAGUGCAAGCAGCAGUGAAGCAGGAUGUAUGGCCUUGAGGAUAAUCUGCACUGGUCUACCUUCUGCUUCCCUGGAAAGGAUGAAUUUUCAUCAUUUGACAAGUUCAUUUCAAGUUUUUUGUUUGUUUGUUUGCUUAUUUUUGUAGCCUAAAAUAAAAUGUCAAAUAUAA